ACAAAAAAAAAACAAAAAAAAAACAAAAAAACAAAAAAAUAAAUAAGGAUCUAGUAUUAAAUAAGACAAAAUAAAAGAGAAUAAAAAUGGUGGGUUUGCGCAGAGCAAAGACGGUACUUCUUGUACUAGUAGUGGCUAUUUUGAACACAAUAGCAAACGGGGCACCCCUUGAUCCAGGACCCAAAGGAAGCGGCGCAGCUGCACCAACAGGACCCGCAGGAACUGGUGGAGCACUUGACGUUAAAGCAGCAGGAGCCAAAGGAGACGGAACAACCGAUGACACUGCGGCAUUUUUGGCUGUAUGGAAAACAGCGUGUGAAGCAGCAGGACCGAGCACGAUUACAAUGCCAAAGGGUGAUUAUUUGGUGAACAACAUAGAGUUCUUAGGUCCGUGCAAGGGUCCUGUCACUUUGGAAAUGCACGGCAAUAUGAAGGCUCCGGCUACGGUCGGUGCCACUAAGCCUAACAGCGGAUGGAUUGAUUUUACAAAUCUUGCUGAUUUCACUUUGAAUGGAAACGGAGCCAUUUUUGACGGUCAAGGCUCCCUCGCUUGGAAGGCCAAUGACUGCGCAAAAACUGGAAAAUGCAACUCUCUCCCCAUCAACAUACGAUUCACGGGUCUCACAAACUCCAAAAUUAUUGGCAUAACAUCAACGAACAGCAAACUUUUCCACAUGAACGUUCUCAACUGCAAGAACGUAACUCUUGAGAAAAUUGGUAUUGAUGCACCACCGGAGAGUCUCAACACUGAUGGUAUCCACAUUGGAAGGUCCAUCGGCGUGAACUUACUAGGGGCAAAGAUUAAAACAGGAGAUGACUGUGUUUCCAUAGGAGAUGGUACUGAGAAUCUCAUUGUUGAGAAUGUGGAAUGUGGACCGGGACACGGCAUUGCCGUAGGGAGUCUAGGAAGGUACCCUAAUGAGCAACCAGUCAAAGGAGUCACAGUGAGGAAAUGCCUCAUCAAGAACACCAUGAAUGGUGUUCGCAUCAAGACAUGGCCUGGAUCUCCUCCUGGUAUUGCCUCCAACAUUAUUUUUGAGGAUAUCACAAUGGACAAUGUUAGCACUCCCGUUCUCAUCGACCAAGAGUACUGUCCUUAUGCCGACUGCAAAGUUGGGGUACCUUCUAAGGUGAAAUUGUCGGACGUGACCUUCAAGAACAUUAAGGGCACAUCAGCGACAAAGAUUGCUGUGAAAUUAAUCUGCAGCUCAGGCACGCCUUGCACUAAUGUUGCUCUUGCUGACAUCAACUUGGUCCACAAAGGUGCAGAAGGACCAGCUGUAGGGGCCUGUGCUAACAUGAAGCCUGUUCUCACCGGACAGAUGAUUCCACCUGCUUGCACUGAGAUCGCUAAAUCGGGUCCUUGAAUUUUAUAGUCGCUUGUCCACCAAGCAUCCAUCUAAUCUGGUUAAUUAAGACACUUUGAUUAAUUAGACUGCGAUGGAAAAGUUUUGAUAUAUCACUUUUGUAUUUAUUAUACUUUUUGACAUAUAAAUGAUGUGGAUAUCUCCAGAGAGAGUGACACAUUACUGAGUAGUAAAUUUUGUAUGAUUCUCAAUAUGCAAGAGUGUUUUAAUAUAUAUAAUAAUAUUAUUAAAAAUUUGAAGUA